AUGAUCACGGAAGUCUCCGUUGUGCCCGUUGCGCCAGAGUGCUCGGCAGCACAAGGUAAUGUCAAUGUGUCGAAACCCAGCCUUGUGUCCGGUGAUCGGUCCGGUGAUGUGGAGAUGGGGCCAUCCCUCCAGAACGACGCGGAUGGCCAGCUGCAAUUUUCAUUCCGGGACUUUAGAAACUGCGGCAUCGCCCUGCAUUUCUUUGGAAUGGGGUUCCUUCGCGCUGGUGUGGAUGCUAUUUUCUUCAACGUGCUGGAAGGAUACCUGAACGUACAAAGCAACAUCAUGAAAAGUGCAACGAACCUCGUGCUGAUGCCCAGUGUCUUCACUUUGGCUUUCGGCAUCCUUAGCGAUUCUCGGCCAAUCUUUGGCUGCCGACGCCGUCCUUACAUGGGAGGAGGCUUUCUGCUGGCGUCGGCAAGCUUCGUUAUCCUGAUUGGCCUUGGCCUUCCCGAUCCUUACUUCUGUUUCGUGGAUGGUCGGUACAUGGACAAGGAGGCCCCUUGCAACCCCGAAGCUCCGGAGGCCUACGGUCCCUUGAUGGCCUGCCUCUGCAUGGCUAAUCUGGGCUGUGUGGCAGCCACCGCCGCAGCUCAAGGUCUCGUGGUAGAGUAUGCCAAAGCCGAGCCUCAGGAAAUCCGCGGGCGAACCCAAGCCAUGCUGCAGAUAGUUUUCUGUGCUGGAAGCAUUUCUUCGGUUUUUCUUGCUGCUUUCGGGUUCAAUGGCCGCAAGUUCACAGGAAGCUUCAACCAGCACGACCAGCUGAGCUACAGGCAGUUCCUUCUCAUUUUUGCAGUGAUUUCAGGCGUGGUGGGAAUCGCAGGCUUCUUCUUUGUCCGCGAAGGACCUGCAUCGCGAGCGUCAAUUCGGGCAUACUGCCGAUCUUCCUGGCGCAUCUUUGAAAGCAAGGCAUUUUGCUCCUUUGCGCUCUACAUCUUGGCCAACACGGCCGUCUUCUCAAUCUUCACAAGUGCUGGCACCUGGGUGGGCCUUGAGUGGGCCCAGACCAAAGACAUGCAGAGGGAACUCAGCAAUUUCUUGGGCAUGAUUCUUGCGAUUGUCGGAAGCUGGCUCACCCAGAAGUAUCUUCUGAAUGUCAGCUGGCGCAAGACGGUCUUUGCUAGCAUCACACUCCCCAUCGUAAUUGACAUGGCUCCGCAGUUUCUGACUAUUUUCGAUAUCGUGCGGAAUCAGUAUUUCUACCUUGGGGAACCGAUCACUUCGUACGUUCCCGAGGCUAUGGCAGACCUGAUCUACCUCUUCAUGGUGAACGAGUUUGCGGACGGAGGCAACACUGCUCUUGUUUUCGGCGUGGUGGCGACUGUCAAAGCUGUGGGGCAGCCCAUGUCCGUCAUGUUCUCGAACGAAAUCUUCUCGUUCUUCACACCCGAUCUGUUUUCGAGUGUAAACUACAUACAGGACACGCAGGCCUUUCGCUGGACAGUGGCUUCGUCAUUCUUGUUGUCUUACAUCAUCAAGGUUCUUGGCAUAGGGACGCUUAUGUUGCUGCCAUCGCAGAAAGAAGACGCGCAGCAGCGAAAGACAGAAUGGUCUAGACGGCCUGUGUUUGCCAUCAUCUCUGUUGCCAUGCUUGGUGUCUGUCUCCUCUAUUCUUUGGUCGGGGACUUCCUGGUGCUGGACCCUUCUCUGACAUGUCUGCACCUUCUCGGUGGAAAGGGCUGCUGA